AUGAAUGCCGGAGCACUACCAGCUAAUGAAAGAUACCGUGGAUCCGUUGUCGGAACUUUGAAGAAAGAGGUCAUCAAUCUACCCACAAAUAUAGUUCUAAUUGCGUUAUUGUAUGGAGCGAUAAUUUCGGCUAAGCGGUCCGGAAAUGUAUGCACGGCACAUUCAAUGGCCAUUCGUGAGAAUACGUUACACAUCCAGGAAGCUGAGAACCCUGAUUCACCAACACAAGUAAUGCUUGACGAUUCCCCACUAGCCACGGAGCCUAGAGUGACCGAGAAUUGGGAUGCCCACUGUAUGGCAGCAGAUGUUGUAACCACGAAGUUUAUUCCAGUCGGUAUUCAACAAGCUAGACUUGUGGACACCCUUGUUACCUCGACCGUUCUUUCCUCGCUCGAGUUUGAGGGACCAGCCCAAGAACCGAUACAGCUAGUUGAUAUAGGUCAUAGCUCUGGUACCAAUCCUGAUCCAAGUGGGACUGUUCCUACGGAUGCGGAUGUGAUUCCGCAAUCCGUACCAAUGGCAGCUAAGGAGUCAGCGAGGAAUGGUUCCCUCGAUAUUGAUAGUAGGAUCCCUAUCAAUUUAGCUAUGUACUCCUUUCAAAGUGCAAGUCACAGGCACGUAAUCGGUAAUGCGGAAAUUGGAUACUCAGGAUAUACCUGGCUCAUCGGAGUAGACUAG